AUGCCAACACAUGUCGCAUUCCAGACUUUUCUGGCUUCUACCGUGCCUCAACAACUCUUCAUCCCCAACCCCCUCUCUGCCCAUUCCUCUUUUCUCCGCCAAUCAUCAUCUCCCAUUGUCUGCUGUGUUUCCGCCAUCCCGACAGGUUUUGCCCAAAAUUUUGGCCCAUUCAGCCUAGCCACUCGUCUGGAGGACAGAACAAUCGUGUCUUCAGUUGGUCCGACCGGCACAAUCGAGUACCAGUCGAGCCGAUGGGACGGUCUGCCAUCAAAUCGCCCCAGCCUACUUGGGACGGCUGCACGACACGAACGCGAUGUGCUGGUUGCCAUGGCGCAAUAUCCGAGCCAGCGAGACUGCGCCUCUCGGACGGCAGAAGCUGGCAUGUUGGAUGCCUCGUCUGCCAUGCCUGUCGAAGACAAUUGGACGCGGAAACGACUUGCUAUGCACGAAGCGACCGCAUAUUCUGCCGUGAAGAUUACCAGCGGUAGGUAA